AUGUCAGAGAAGACGGUUUUAUCGAUUCAAUCAUUUGUUACGCAUGGCUACGUCGGGAAUAAGGCUGCUACGUUUCCUCUGCAGCUGCAUGGUUUCGAUGUGGACGGUAUUAACACCGUUUGUCUCUCAAACCACAGUGGGUACCCAGUUAUUAGGGGCCACAGAAUGAGCUUACAGGAAUACGACGAACUAAUGGAAGGCGUCCGAGCGAAUAACUUCCUCAGCAACUAUCGCUACAUUCUGACCGGAUAUAUAAAUAAUGUUGACAUUAUUGGGAGAAUACGCGACACAUUAAAGGAAGUGCGGGAGCUCCGAGAAAAGGAAGACAAGAAGUUAACCUUCAUUUGUGACCCCGUCAUGGGCGAUGAUGGUAUCAUGUACUGCAAGAAAGAAGUAUUGGAUGCGUAUCGGGAGCUGGUCCCUUUGGCGGAUAUCGUCACACCAAAUUACUUCGAGGCUUCGUUGUUGAGUGGCGUCACCGUCAAUGAUCUCAGUAGUGCUAUACUGGCUGCUGACUGGUUCCACAACUGUGGUGUUGCUCAUGUUAUCAUCAAGUCGUUUCGUGAGCAGGAAAAUCCAACUCACCUGCGGUUUCUGUACUCCGUGAAGGAGGGAUCAGAAGCUGCGGUGCGGCGAUUUUCAGGAGUGGUACCAUAUCAUGAAGGUCGCUACACCGGAACGGGCGACGUUUUUGCCGCGUGCCUUCUUGCCUUCUCUCAUUCUCAUCCAAUGGAUGUGGCGAUUGGCAAAUCGAUGGCUGUAUUGCAGGAACUCAUCAUCGCAACCCGAAAGGAGGGAGGUGACGGUAAAAGUUCAUUGAAAAGUAGGGAACUGCGUGUCGUUGCAUCACCGCAAGUGGUGCUACAACCAAGCACAGUUGUUGACGUUAAACCAAUUUCAUGA